CAUGAUGCUGAGUCAUGGUGUUGCUGUGUGUGCUGAUGCUAUCAAAUUGUUACUGAAUUGUGCAUAGAGAAAGUUCAAUUUAAGUAAAAUGGCUGAUCAUUUUAAAAUUCCAGCUGUCAUUAGAAGAUUAAAGAAGGAGGAAGAUCAGAUAAAGAAUGAGCCACCUGUUGGCUGUCAUGCUGAAUCAGUCUCAGAAAAUUAUGGAACAUGGAAAGCAACAAUACUAGGACCUGAAGGGACACCUUAUGAGAAUGGUCUCUUCUACUUAAAAAUGGAAAUUCAUGAAGAAUAUCCCUUUAAACCACCAAAAGUGUGGUUCACUACUAAGAUAUAUCAUGUGAAUGUUGAUUCUGAUGGCUGGAUUAGUUUAGAUAUACUCAAUGAUGGGUGGAGUCCAGCCUUAAAAAUAUCGAAAAUUCUAAGUACAGUGAGAUCAUUACUGGUUGACCCUGAUCCAGACUGGGCUGUUGGUGGUGAAGUGUAUGCAGCAUUCACUAAGAAUCGUUCACAGUAUGAUGAAACUGCUAAAGAAUGGACACAGAAACACGCAAUGGACUAAUUCAAUGGAUUAUUGACAAAAUAAAAUAUUUAGAUAAUUAUGAUUCUGUUUAUUUUUUAACUUAUUUAAUAUGCAAUAGAGCCAGUUUCUUUUUUAGCAUAUUG